AUGACACUCGGCGACACAUUAAUACCACAAACUAUCGUGGAUCGAAUAGUCGAUUACCUGCGCGCGGACGAUGAAUACGCCAGCCUCGCUCCGUAUGCGACUGUCUCCAAGUCAUGGCAGAUCGCUGUGGAGAGGCACACCUUUCGCCAGCUGUACAUAUCAUCCGCGAGACUUGAUGAUCUCAACACCAUCGUAUGCCGACGAAGGCAACGUACGCUCCAGGUCAUCGCGCUUCACAUUGCUCUAGCUUCGUACCAUAAGAACCAGCGCAGUGACGCCGAGUCUCGUGAAGACGGCUCGGCAACGACACGCAUCUUUACAAGCUUCAUGCAGGAUUUUUUCGGCACUUUGUCAAAGUGGGAGGUCGAGCACGGGCCCCCAGAAGGGAUACACGUGGAGAUCCUCAUCGAGUCACCCAGUGAUGAAUCCUCCUCGUCAUCGCGACGCGUCUCGCCUGCAACGACCCGACGCGCGAGGGCCAGUCCAGUACGCAUCGAUCUGCACCGCGACGCUCUCCCCGCGGCACUGGUCGCUUCGGCCUUGACGUGCACCGGUCGCCAUAUCGAAUUGACGAGCGUCCUCCUGCUUCUCGAGAAGAUGCCAAACCUCAGGCUGCUCGAUACCGAGCUUGAGCACGAUACCAACGGCAGCAGAGAUUUGGAGCAAAGACGAGGUCUCGAGCUCUACGCGCCAAACGUCACGGACCUUCGCCUUCGACGGCCGCAGAAUGCCUCCGAGCCACGAAACAAGCCGACGCGCGACGCGCGCGCCCUAUUCUACAAUGUCCUAGCCAGCUACACUCGGAGGUGCACAGACCUGACAUUUGACGACUCGGUCGACGCCAGGGAGUUCUUUGCUCCCUAUGCCGACGAAUCGCACCAGGAGAGUAGACACAUCCAUCCCGGUACAUGGAGGAGAUUGGAAAGACUGCACAUUCGCAAUUCGUACAUGCUGCGACGGCCAUACAUGCGCGUUGCAACUCGUGCCACGGCGUUGCAGCACGUGCACGAAGUCUUGACCUUGGUGGGACGCGCGUUGCGUGCCAUGCCCGUCGUCGAGAACGUACGGAUAAGGCAAUACAUUUUAACAGAAGAAGGACUACAGACGAUAUCUGUCCGAUAUUACUUCGACGGCCGAGUCCCCAUGAUCUGGUUCUCCGGCAUCAAGCCCGUCAGGGCCACUCUGGAAGCAUGGAGGGCAAGUGUCAGAGACCGACGAGGUGCGCAUCUACGAAUCGACGUGGAUGCAUGA